AUGAAUGAACAUGUUCGGAAAAUUAAAAAUCAAGAAAUUAAAACUGCUCAUUAUCUUGGAAAAGAAAUUCAAAACGAAUUAAUACAAAUACUAGCAAAUGCUAUAAAAGAUAAUAUCUUGACUAGAGUAAAAUUUGCUAAAUAUUAUUCUAUAAUUUUAGACUGCACCCCAGAUAAUAGCCAUACAGAACAAAUGAAAAUAAUAAUUCGUUUUGUUGAUUUAGAAUCACCAACAUCGCAUGAUGGGGAUUUAGUUAAAAUUAAAGAACAUUUCUUAGGAUUCAUACCUAUGGAGAAAUCUACAAGUGGUUUUUUGGCAAAAACAUUAAUUGAACAAUUGGAAAAUUUUAAUUUACCAGUUGAAAAUCUCCGUGGACAAGGAUACGAUAACGAAAGCAACAUGAAGGGUAAGGAGAAUGGGGUACAAAGAAAAAUUUUGGAUAUAAAUCCUCGGGCGUUUUUUAUUCCAUGCAGCGCACAUUCACUAAACUUAGUUGUGAAUGAUGCAUGCAAGUGUAGCUUAGAUGCAUAA